AUGGCAACAGGAGACCCGACGCCCCUCCUCCGCCAAAUCCACGAAACAUCCUUCUUGUCUCCUCCGAAGAGAUCUUCGUACCCUCCGAUCUCGAGUAUCCCGCGCACCAGCCCCGAACGCCUCGCCGCCGCCGCCGAAGACACCGCACAACAUGCCAAAGAAGACAUCGCAGCAGGAGACGGAGACCAAGCAGAAGCGGAAAAGACAAUCCUCUACCUAGCCUACGGCUCCAACCUCUCCGCCGAGACCUUCCUGGGCGCCCGCGGCAUCCGCCCCGUCUCCCAGACCAACGUCUCCGCCCCCUCCCUCACCCUCGUCUUCGACCUCCCCGGCCUGCCCUACCGCGAGCCCUGCUUCGCCAACACGGCGCCGCGCAAGGUGCCCGAGAUCCCGCGCCCGCCGGGUGAUCCGCGGUUUCCUCCGCUCCCUGCCCCGCCGCCGCCGCCUUCCGAGAAGCAGCAGCAGCGUGAGUACGACGUGGAGGGACAGAUGGAGAGAGAGAGCGCGACGCCGGACCGCGGCUGGACGAAGGGGCUCUACGGCGUCGUGUACGAGGUCACGCCGCGGGACUACGCCACCAUCGUGGCCACCGAGGGCGGGGGCUCGUCGUACGCGGAUAUACUGGUCCCCUGCGUCUCCCUCCCGCCGCGGGUAUCCGUCCCGGAGAAGCCGCCGAUCGAUAUCCCUAGGCCCUUCCUCGCGCACACGUUGUACUCCCCCGCGAUUCCCGACGCGGAGCCGGAGAAGCCCGGUCGUGGUCAGAGUACCUACAGCCACGACGGAGACGACACCCCCGAAGACCCCCGCAAGAAGUGGUACUACCGCCUGAUCAAGCCCCCGCGCCGCCCGGACCCGAACUACGCGCAGCCCUCGGCGCGCUACCUGAAGCUCAUCACCGACGGCGCGGCCGAGCACGAGCUGCCCGACGACUACCAGCGCUGGCUGAACGGGUUGGCGGCGUAUACCGUGACGACGUGGCGGCAGCGGGUCGCGCGGUGGCUGCUGACGGGGCUGUUCCUGCCCGUGAUGCUGGUGUUCUUUCAGCUGAACAAGUGGCUCGCGGAUAAGGAGGGCAAGUUCCCGCUGUGGUUGGGGGUCGGGCUGAGUGUGGUGUUUAACCUGCUCUGGAUGGCGUAUGAUGGUGUGCUGAAGCCUGUGUUUGGGGACGGGGAGAGGACGGAGGAGGAGGGGGAGAGAAGGUGGAGGAGGGUGGAGGGGUCGGAGUUUGAGAAGAGGAAUUUGUUGUUGGGGGAUUGGUAG